UUGACCUUCUUCAAAUCUUGAAAAUAAACCAAGGUUUUGCAAAUAUGGGCGGUAGCUCAUGCUCAAGACCAGCACCACCACAGCCUGAACCAGAAUUCAAUGAACCAUGGAGAAAGUUUGAUUGGAAUCAGAGAGAUGUCUUGAAAAAGAAGCUAGAAGAAUUCACUCUCAGUAAUGAAGAUGUGAAGUACAUCAAGAUCCUGGUUGCUGGAGAAAUUGGAGCAGGAAAGUCCAGCUUUAUAAACUCGAUCAAUAAUGUCUUUCAAGAACGGAUCACCUCCAUAGCACUAGUUAGUUCAUCUGCUGGGCAAAGUAAAAGUUUUACAACAAAGCUCAAAGCAUACCGCAUUAAAAGUGGACACAAGUUCAUGCCUUAUGUCUUUACAGACAUAAUGGGCUUAGAAUCUAAAGCGUUGGCUGGGUCACAACCAGAGGACAUCAUCAAUGCUGUAUUUGGCCAUGUGAAGGAUGGAUAUGAAUUUGAUGAGUCGGAGCCAAUCGCUCAUGGGAAUGAACGUUUCACCAGUGACCCCAACCUCUCUGACCAGGCUUUCUGUCUGGUUUAUGUCGUAGCUGCUGAUACAAUAUCAUUCACGGAUGAGAAACUUAUUGACAAAUUGAAGAUCAUUCGCCACAGAAUCAGUCAAAGGGAUAUUCCUCAAGUCAUUGUCAUGACCAAAAUAGAUCAAGCAUGUCCAGUGGUGAAGAACAACCUAACAAGGGUGUAUCAUAGCAAGAAGAUCAAAGAGAAGAUGCAGACGUGCAGUGACUUGAUUGGUGUACCAUUGUGCAACAUCUUCCCAUUGAAGAACUACCAUGAUGAAAUCGACCCAAAUCCUGAUGUUGAUGUUCUGAUUCUGAAAGCACUUGAUCAGAUUGUUUAUCUUGCUCAGGAUCGACUUGAUAGCAACAGUAGCUGGUGACAUUCAGCCUAUACCAUCUGAAAAUAUCUUGAGAAGAUGAUAUUGCUCUUUUCUCUGCAUGUUAAAACAAAAGAGCUAUUAAGUUGAAUGAUGUUUUAUUAACGUAGUUCGGGAGGAGCACGUCAAAUAAACCACUUAAGUACUUCCAGCUGUCUAUAAUCAGUAAUCAACAAAUACUCUAGUACCACCAGCUGUCCAUAAUCAGUAAUCACCAUAUCUACCCAAUCAGCACAAAGGCAAGCCAUAUAUAAGUCACAGUUUAACUCUCCAAAGAUCCUCUGCAGUCUUCAGAAGCUCUAGACCAUGGGUCUCCAAACUUUUUGUUAGCAAGGGCUACCACAAUGGAUAAAACAAUCUGGAGGGCUACUUUUUGAUAUAGUCUACUCAAAACUUUUUGUUUUACUUGUUAAUAUGUUUUAGUAUUGUUUAAAAUGUUAACAUACGUAAACCAAUCCAAGCUAAUAUAAAAAAUAUGUAAUAAAUAUUACAAUUGAUUAUUAAUAGUGAUGGCCAAACGAGGCUUCCUGAACCAAUGAGGCUUUCCAGCCCAUUGGUUUGCCAAAAGGUUCAUUAACCCGAAGCCUCAUGAAACACUGUGCUCUCCAGUGACACCUGCUGUGCAAAGCAAUGUAUCGCACACGCACACAAAUCUAUUCAUUUUGAGCAACCAAAUUGUCAUGGUGUGGGCUUUUGAAUAAAGUAUAUUAAAGAAAGUA